GGAGCCCCUGGUGGACGCAGUGGGCCUUCUGCCUUUCUCUUCUCUGCCCUGGAGACCCGGGAGGCCUGCACCUACCUCUCCCCCCCAGCCCAUGGGGACUCUCGUGGCCAAACUUCUCCUGCCCACCCUCAGCAGCCUGGCGUUCCUCCCCACGGUGAGCAUUGCUGCCAAAAGGCAGUUCCACAUGGAGGCCAUGGUCUACCUCUUCACCAUGUUCUUCGUGGCGCUCUACCAUGCCUGCAAUGGGCCUGGCCUGUCGGUUCUCUGUUUCCUGCGCCACGACAUCCUGGAGUACUUCAGCGUCUACGGGAUGGCCCUGAGCAUGUGGGUGUCACUGAUGGCACUGGCCGACUUCGAUGAGCCCAAGCGGUCGACUUUAGUGAUGUUUGGCGUCCUGACCAUCGCUGUGCGGAUCUACCAUGACCGCUGGGGCUACGGGGUGUACUCGGGCCCCAUCGGCACAGCCGUCCUCAUCAUCGCGGCCAAGUGGCUGCAGCAGAUGAAGGAGACGAGGCGCCUGUAUCCUGACAAGAGCGUGUACACCCAGCAGAUAGGCCCCGGCCUCUGCUUUGGGGCGCUGGCCCUCAUGCUGCGCUUCUUCUUUGAGGACUGGGAUUACACCUACGUCCACAGCUUCUACCACUGUGCCCUGGCCAUGGCCUUCGUCCUGCUGCUGCCCAAGGUCAACAAGAAGGCUGGAAGCGCGGGGUCCCCCGCCAAGCUGGACUGCUCCACCCUUUGCUGUGCUUGUAUCUAACUGUGCAGCCCCGGCCCCAGGCCCCUGCCCUGCCCCAUCCCAGGCCUGGCGAGAGUCCUCCAUCCUUCCCGACCUGGAGAAACGUCCCUCCUCAGAUCCUGAGAGGUCUCCAGGGCUGUGGGAAGCACCCCGCUGACUGCUUCUUGAGAAUCCACUUAUUAGGGUUCUACUGGGUACUAAGCACCAUGCUGGAAAGAAAAGAACUUUCUCCCUUCUCCUAGGCCAAGGUCCUGACGAAUGGAUAUGUCUGCAGAACCCUGCAGCCAGCGUCUGUCCCCCACCCCCUUCCCUCCUCGCCCGGUCCCAGCCACAAAGGGGCUCUGCCGCCACCCCAGUCCUGUGUGCUCCCCACGCCAUCUGUUUUCCCUUGGAAACAGGUAUUCCCGCUCCCGACCUCUGCCCUCAGGCUCAGCGCGCCAGGGCCAGCGGGGCCACUCUGUCCCCGCCCCAGGCCUGCCUGCCCCUUGGGGUCCCUCCAGCCGGGUCCCUGAAUCAAGCCGUUUCCAUGUACUGAAUGCCCAAGCUCUUCACACUCGUCAUUUCAUCUAAUUCUCAAAACAAGUCAGGGAUGAUGGCAUAUUCGAGGCCCAGAGCUGGACCCCAGCCCACUGUCCCCGGUCUGACACCACUCCAGCCACUUUGCUCUGGAGCUACCCAAGCAAGAGGUGGGAGCGCCCUCAGGGCCUUUGAGCUCCAGCCCAGCGUGGGAAUGUGGGCCUGGUUGCCAGGACCUUGAGCGGAGGCCAGCGGGCCCGCUGGGCUGGCCUCACGGGGCAGGGCUCGCCUUCCGCCGAGGGCAGAGGUCAGCCUGCUCCCAUCCAGGGCCUGUCUGCACCGGCCCGGGGGUGCGGGGCGAGCGGGGGGAGCGGGCCUCCCAGACAUCACCUCACAGACACUAGCCUCCUGCUUGCCGAAUGAUCCGGGCACAUCUGUCAGGCAGGAAGUUACCUACACCUGUCUGGGGCCUCUUUGUGUUGCCAGAUGGUGCAGUUACCCACAUCCGCACCCACCACGUGGGACGGCCCCAGCUUUGUCCUAAAGUCACCUCCUCCCCACCUCGGGGGCCGGGAGGGAGCCGGCUCCAGCACCAAGGGCCGGGGACAAGGCGGACCCCCGACCAGGGCGCCGUCUGCCGGCCUCCCUGAGGGCCCAGCGGUCCCACAUCUUCGGACCCUGGACACCGGCAGCCUCGCCCCGGCUCAGCCCCUUUCUGUCCCCACAGCCUGUUAACGACAGAACAGCCCACCAGCACUCAGGGUCCUCACCAAGCCAUGGGGGGGGGGGGCGGCGAGGCGGGAGCUGAGACUUCACAGCUUCAGGGCCAUCACCCAGACCUGUCCCCACGGGAGGGCACGGGGCGCGGAGGGGCCUCUGCACCAAGCAGCUCUGUGCCUGGCGAAGGGGGUGCAGGUGCUGCCUCGAUUGGCUUCUGGUCUUCUUGUUGGGGUGUGAGCACACACGUGCGCACACAGACGCACAUGUACACGCCACGCACACGUACACAUGAAGACACCGGGGCCCUGUACCAGGGACUUCCCCUCUGGUCCCGUCUCCCAUACCCACAAGAGGAGACUCCUGUCUCAGCACCAGGUGGUGAGGCAAGGGGCAGA